AUGCUCCUUUACACUUAUGAGGUACUUUGCUGUAUUACCAAACCCCAUGUAGCUGCGCAGGUGGCGCUUGCCGCCUGGUGCUGCGGCUGCUUGCUCGCGGUGUCUUACUAUGUCCCCAUAGUAAACCGCAUUGCGCGCGAACUACUGCUGCUCUACUUCCAGCCGUUGAUUCCGGUGGUGACCGCGCUGUGGCUGUGGGGUCACAACGUACAGCGAUUCCACGCACUGGGUAUUGAGUACGAACUAUGUUUCAGCGCGAAAGAUAGAAAACUUCUUUUAUCACAUGGGGAGAUUUAUCAGAUCGCCUUCUUCCUCACAAUCAUGUGCAUCACCUGCGCCGCGGGGUUUGCGGCGCUCGCCGCGGCGGGCGCUAUCGGCAGCGCAGAGUUAACUGCGGUGGUAAUGUACUUCUUUGCGGUUCUGCUUUUGGUGGCGCCCCUGGACAUCCUGGCGAUGCCCGCCCGCCUGUUUUUUGGGCAGACCCUCCAGCGGGUGCUCCUGCCGUUUCAGGAUGUCAGCUGGGCAGACUUUCUGUUGGCAGAUAUCAUGACCUCCCUCAGUAAGAGUAGCGGAGACCUCGCGAAGACAGUGGCUGUGAUGGUGACAGGGCCCGCCUUGCAUGUCCUGACUGCAGUGGACGCCACUGGGAAACAGCUGGUCAAUCCCCUUGCACCGCCCGUGCUGCUGGCGAUUUGCCUGCCGUACAUCAUCCGGUUCAUACAGUGCAUCAUUGUAAACCGCGCGACGGGUAACCGCUCGCAGCUAUUGAACGCCGCCAAGUACGCAACCGCUUUUCCAGCGCUGCUGCUAACGGCCUUCGAGCAAGUACACCAUGUUAAGGGCGAAUCGUACAGCCUGUACAAGUUGUGGAUCUUCGCCAUGCUGCUUAACUCGCUUUACUCCUUUUACUGGGAUAUUGAAAUGGAUUGGGACAUGCCCUGGCUCGUACAAUCGGGAAGCACACAUGUACUGGGGGUGCUGCGGCUGCCAAGCCUCAAGCCCGACGCAAUGUAUAGUCGUGGCUGGUAUGUGUGGGCCAUCAUCUCCAACCUGGUAUUGCGCCUGGCAUGGACACACCGACUCAUGGGCAAUCUGGAAAAGUACACCACGGUGGCUCUGGUAAUAGCUCUUUUAGAAGUAUUUCGCCGAUAUCAAUGGACGUACAUCCGAAUUGAAACGGAGCUACGGAAGAUACGAUUAAGCAGUGCACAUGCGCACUCAGCAGACUAA